AGGAAUCAUCGAAUGUUGUUUUAGUCUCCGUUUGGAGGCAGAACUCGAAUGAUUCAGAAUUUACAAUGUUAGCUUAUUUUUCGUGUUUCAAGCGGUCCGCCAUUUAGUAUUUGUCUAAUUUGAAUAUUGAGUAAAUAAUACGGUGUAAUGUUAGAGAAAUCGCUGGCAGCUAUAAGUUGGAAAUUUAGCAUGCUUUAUUUAGAACGGAAUGUUAUUCCCUUAAAACUAAACAGGGUCCGACGACCAUCGUUGAGAAACGGUCCUGCAUUGCGUGCUAAUAUUGAACCAGUCGAAGUUUUCUUUAAUUAAUCAAGCGGUAGAUAAGGAUACGGCUAACAUGAGCGUUGAAUAUAUUAGGAGAGCAUGACAAACAGUGCAUUACGUGAGUAAAGCACACGGUAGGGCACGCCCUAAGCUUACACCUGCAUAUUGAUUUUACUUCUCCAGCGAGGACUGCAUGGGUCCGCCUUUUAUUGACAUAGGCGCUCUCCGAAAGUUUUAUCGAAUGCAUAGUUCUUGUAUCGUUCCGAUGUUUGCCCUCUGCCUGCCCGGCAACGGAGAUGUCUCUUGUAAACAGCAACGGACUAAUGUACUUUACUUGUUCUCGACAGGAGUUAAAAACGAGUAUCUGUACAUAACUGAACUAACCUAUAACGACGCUCCUGGGACGGACUAUUAUAGCAGGAGAAAGAAGUUUUAGGGAAAAUGAAAAUGUCCGGGAUGUCUCAAAUGCUGAAUCACAGAGAGGCAAGCCACGCCCAGGAUUCAUUCGCAAGGCUAAACAAACUACGUCGAGAGGGCAUACUGUGCGACCUGACCAUCCUAGUACAGGGCCACAAAUUUAAGGCACACAAAACAGUAAUGGCGGCUUGUAGCGACUACUUCUUAAACGCUGUUUGUGGGGGGAAAUCAACAGCGUCCGUCACCGUUUCACCUGCCGGUCACAUGACAAUCGAGAUGCAAUACGUCACAAUGAGAGGGUUUGCUCCUCUUCUAGAAUACGCCUACUCCUCUGAGCUCCGCGCGAACGCCAGUGACGUCAUAGAUGUAUUGUCCGCAGCGAGUUACAUGCAAAUGUUUAAUGUUGCAAAUGCAUGUUCCGAAUUCAUGCGCUCGAAUCUCUUGUGGACGCAAGGACAGUCCCGACUCGCAGCCUUGCCUAUGCUGGCAGGUCGUAACAUGUUGCUGAACGGGCAAAUUCACGGUGAGCAUCCAGCUACUGCACCCAACCCAGUUAGCCGACCGAAUGGCCUCCCCGAAGCAAUGAGCAGUUUACUGGCAAGUUCUGCGAUGUCAGGUGCUGCGAUAAACGGCCGUAAUGGCCUUUCCCAGCCUCCUAUGUUAAUACCUAUAUCUUCAAUGACACCGUAUGAGGUUGGACUACACUGGGCAGACACCAUGGCAGGUACCCAUAAUUUGCUGUCUCGUUUCGUAAACAACCAACCCGUUACAACGACCCGGUCGCCCCCGUCAUCAAUUUCACCUUCCUCCCACAAUUCACCUGCUGCCGGAUAUGACGUAGUUACGUCAUCAGCGGGACCACGAGGCACUGAAGAAGGGACCACGCCGUCAGCAGAAGCCGCAGAAAAAGCCGAGGAGCCGAAUUCGGAGUCGACUUACAACAACAAUAACAACAAUAACAACAACAACAACGAAGGUUUGCUUCCUGACAAACCAUCAACUGGCAACAACCGCAAAUCGAUCGCUGUUAAAUUGGAAGCCAACCUCGACGAUUCCGCCAACAACGGUACCGAAGACGGCACGAGUAGCGUUACGACGCCCCCACCCGACGCAGAAGAUUCUUGGCAAAGCCUUCAACGUCUUUACAGUUUCCACUGUAAACCCGACAGCAAAGUGGAGUCAGACGGCGAUUCAAAUGAAACGAGGAAAAAUGCAAUUAAUGAGAUAAGAAACAAAGCUCUUGGAGAACUAAGAAGCAGUUCUCUAAGUCCAUCAGUGAUUAGUAGCAUAUCAAAUGCAGCAUCAAUAAAAUCAGCAUUGGAUUCAAUCCCAAGACUUGAUAAUGCUGUUUCUAUGGUCCCUCGUCUGACCGGUCUCACAGUUCAAAAUGCGAUCUUACAAAGACAGAAGCAAAUUAUGGAACAACAACAACAGCAAAGGGAAGGAGAAAAACUGGUAGCGGAACUUCCAGUUGUGCCCCCAAGUGGCCAGUAUAUGAGUGUACGACGAAGAACUUUACAGUCAAACGUACCAAAGCCACACCAGUGCCAAAUUUGCGGGUCAAGAUUUACAAGAUUCCACAACUUAAAGCAGCAUAUUAAGCUUCACUCUGGUAUCAAACCAUACGAAUGCGACGAGUGUGGAAAACGAUUUACAAGGAACUACACAUUAAGGUUGCACAAAAUGAAGCAUGUUGGAAUCCGUAACUUCAGAUGCGGUACAUGCGAUGCCAGCUUCACAAGCCUUGGUGAAUUCAGAGCUCACUUGCGUAUCACCAUGCAUUCCCAUAUGCCUAUCAAUGGGUUAAAUGGGAAUUCACCCAGCUUAAUGGAACCCGAAGAUCUGAGUUCGGCCCCAGCACCACAAGGGGUUAGCAAGUUCAACCAUUUUGACGCUGCUCUGCUUCGUUACGGGGUUGGGUCCCCUGGUAGUAGUGGGGGCGGGGCUGCAGGCGAGGGGUCAACUGGAACCAUCUCGCCCCUGGGGCAUGGGGCUAUGAUUCCUGGGACAGGGGAAUCCCCAGAAAGGAGCGAUCGCUCUUUAAGCGGCUCGCCUGAGGAUUUAUCUACCAAGAGACCUCUGUCUGAUAUUGAAGACAAACAUCAUGAAUCAGUUGAAACAAUCGCUGAAUAUUCUGACCAUGAUUCCACAACACAAGAAUCCAAUCUCGAUUCUCCAAAACGUCGCAAACUUUCCGGGAUUCCCCUGUACCAGGAAUCCUCACAAACAGAAAACGACGAAGAUGAGCCAAUGUCGCUCGUGAUCGACACUUCACGGGAUUGACUCACACCCGUGAAACUUUCCUUCACAAUCGUCCAGAUUACAUGAAAAUCAAAAUUUCCCAAACUUCCGAAAAAAAAUUUUCCGAAUCGAAGAAAAUUCGGCCAGAAAUACAAAAUACAAUAACCCAGUUUAAAACAAUGACGGUGUGAAAAUAUAGUGCUUAUAAGUGAACCGUACUAUGCCGAAACACUUCAGAUGGCCCUAUGCUUUGCCGUCAAGCUCACUGUAGUUUUAACUGUGACCUAUAAUCUGUGCUUUUUCUGCUGUCAUGGGAUCUGGCAUCCCGUUUUUGCCGUUCACACAAAAAGUGAGCGUCGCAUAUUGUUGUUUUGUCACGUGUACUCUUAUAUUUAUGUAUAUUUUUAUUCUUAUUACACAGCGUGUAUUUAUUGUUCACUUCAAUUCGUAAUACGCGACAUUUUUUUGCCCGAAUAGUUUCAAGUAAUUUAUACAAAAAAAAACACACAAACCGAUACUUAACAAAAGGUACUAUUAUAUACAUUUAAACUGCCGUUCAUGUUUUGCACUUUUCUAAUGGUCCUAACCAAUGCACAAUAUCAAAAUCACAUUUUCUAUACCCCGGUGCCUUUCCAGUCUAUAUACCUUCCUACCCGAGUGCCUAAUUCUGAUUUAACCAUUCCAAUAAUGCGGUUCUUUUUAUAAAAUCGGUGCUACUUCGCCACCCGUUUUGUUUUCCUCUCUUCCCUUGCCGUUUUGCAUGCUGUACAGAGUUUCACUCCUUUUCGUAGCAAGUAGAUUUCUUUGUGCUGCUUAGUCGAACUUUCUCGUGAUUUUUUCAUCAAUACUCCGUAAAAACUCCGCUAAAAAACUGAUUUUUAAAUCGUACACAAUCACGUUCAAAAAAGUGCCUCACGAAAUAUAUGUACCAAUCCCCCUAGCCACCCUUAAGAGCUGUUCCAUUUUUGUAACAGUUUGUCCCCCUUUGCACACGACCUCACAACUAACUAACAAACAAAAGUGCCUUAAAAGCAAUCGCAAAAAUUCCUAAUUCCGUAGUUUGUGCCUUGCUUUAUUUUCCUUGUAAAUCAAACGUCUAGUUAUAUGUUCCAUAAUUUUUAGAGUACAUUCCUGUGCCCAAAUACAUAGAGUUUGUCGUAA